ACUAGCGCCAGUUGGAAUUUGGGACAAGCUGGGCGGAGAGGAAGCUGGAAAGAAGCAAGUCCAGAGAUUCCCGAAUUCCUUACAAUACGAUAUCGCUCUCCACAACCCCCUGUUCUAGCAAAGAUUGUUCGGGAAUUGGCACACGCAAUUUGACGCAGUCUCAGAAGGAGUACCACAAUGACGCCCCCUCCUCGUGGACGGGGUACCAGCCAGCGCAGCCCGACCGUCCUGGUCACCGAUUCCCGCGACCAACAACCCGCCGCAGCCCCCCGGCGCCGCCGAUCCCCUUCCACCCGCUUCAUCACCGUUGAUAACGUACUCCAAUAUGCCUCGGACGUGCCGUCCAUGCAGCAGCGGCACCCACCGCCAAUAUCACGCUCUCGCCGCCUUGCAUCCGCCGCGGGAGGGCUAAUCGCCAGUGCCAGCGGUAGCAGCAGUGCCAGCGCCGCAGCCACUGCUGCCAGCAAGGGUGGUCGACUCGCCGCGCAGCCACGCCUUCCUCCGCGAACGACCAAGGUCAGCGAGAAACUAGUGUUACUCCCCGAUACCGGCGGUGUCGGCGAGCCGGAUGAGGACGAGGAGGAAGAUGAGGCUGACGUGCGGGACGAGCUGGAUCUUGUGGAUGAGGAGCUUGUGCAGCGGUUGGCGCGGGACAAACAUAUCGAUCCCGAGGCUAUUCGGCAGCAAUUGCUUGCGCAGAAGAGGCUUGGUGGAGAUUUUGGAAUUGACAACGAGAUUGCGCCGCUGUUGGCGGAGGAGGAGACGUUGAGGAAGAGACGUGUUGGACCUGAGAGGGCGAAGAGUUAUGCGGAGCGAUUGCCCAAGGCGCGGCGGACGGAGAAGCUUGCGCGGGUGACGGCUUAUUGUACGGCGCAGGCGUACAAGAUGGGGUCUGUGGCGGCGUUCGUUAAGGAGGCGCACCAUGCGAGGACGAAACUUUAUGAUGACUGCCUGUACACGGCUUAUCAUUUGCCGUUGUUACCGGGCCAUGACGGGUAUCGGCUGCGGAGUAGCCCGGUGUUGAAGUUCCCCGGUGGCAGGUCUUUGCUUGAUGAGGAAAUUGAGCGGAAUGAGCUGCGCGAUCAUCAUGAAGAUUAUAUGGGGGAGGUUGAGGAGCAUUCGGUUGUUGGGCAUGGCCGUCAUGAGGAUGAUCAUAAUGCCGAGGCUUCGCCAGGUGAUGAGAAUGGUCAUGGGGCGGGACAGGAGCAUCGAGAAGGCUACCUUGCUCGGAUAUCUGAGGAGGAUGGUCGGAUCCAGGACAAUCAUGAGAACGUUACAGGUGCCGCUGACAAUGGCACAAUGCAAAGCGCGACUCAUCCGAACAUUGAACGGCCUCAAGAUAUUCCCGAGCCACAGCCUCGGCGCCGUCGUCACAGCUCUGAUGAUGGGCAUACCCGCAUCAGGGACCGCCCAUCCCCUCCAUUACACGCUACAUCGGCUCCUAGACUCGAAACCCCAGCCCGUACUCUGUACAACGUUGCCGAGAUGUUUGUCUUCAGCUACGGCGUGGUCGUCUUCUGGAACUUUACCGAGCGACAGGAGAAAGAUCUGCUGGCGGAUCUAGCAUUUGCCACGUCCUCGGCUACAGGCACGCCUAUCCCGUUGACGACUAUGCCUCUCCAUGAAGAAGACUUUGAGACCGAGGAGUUCCAUUUCGAGUACUCGACUGAAAUCUCUCGACCUCGUGUGUACAAUGAUAUGAUCACGCUGCGCAGCGGUGACCAUAUGAUCAAGCUGGCUAUCAGCCACGGCAUUUCUCAAAGUACGAAACUGUGCUUCUUCGAAGAGGUAAUGGCUCGCCAAAUGGCCGAUGCAAAGGACGUUCCGCGCCGACUAGCAAUGACGGGAAAGUUGGGCAUGAAGCGUGAAGAAGUCUUCCGUAUUCUGGGCCGGCUUUUCAAGAGUAGAGUCGAGGUCAAUCUUUCAUCGAAUAUGCUCGACGUCCCCAACUUCUUCUGGGAGAGCGAGCCCAACUUGUACCCGCUUUACAUCGCGGUGCGCGAGUACCUCGAGAUCAAGCCUCGCAUCCAAGUCCUCAACGAGCGCUGCCGCGUAUUCCUCGACCUGGCAGAAAUCCUAUCAGACUCAGUUGCCGACAGUCGCACUUCCCACCAAACGUGGAUCAUCAUCGUCCUAAUCAUCAUCUCCAUCCUCGUCACAAUCUCCGAAGUCUUCUUGCGUUUCGGCCUCCUGCACGCCCGGGAAGGCGCCGAAGCCACCCCUGCAGCCAUCAUUGCGCGUGCCAUGGGCCGCUCUCCUCGCGCUGCACCCUCGGGUUUACCCUACAGCACUGCUAAUCCUCCACCGGGUUGCAUUUGUCCGUCUAUUCCGUCCGCAGAUGGGUCGGAUAUGGGGAUGAGUGGGAUAAUGGGGCUGGAAAUUUGAUCGAAAGGGUUGAGGGUUAAUAGUGUACAUUCAAUACCUCGGUAAUAGUCAUCUGGUGCGAUUGGUGUUUAGGUUGGGAUAUGGGGAUUGCAAAGGACAAAAUUUGGAUCUUUCUUAUCGCAUAUUUUUACCACGGGUUCAAGCCUCCAUAUCAAUGUCAAUAUCACCCAAUUUGAUCUCUACCAAAUCGCAUUGCUUCAAAACCCCAAGUCAACGAUCUAAACGUCCACCUCCAACCCACGAACUGCCUCCUCAAUCCUCUCCCAGGCCCCUGCCCUCGCUAGAAUCUGCACCCACCAAUUCCCAACCCCAUCCCUGCCCGUCACAGUAACCAGAUUCCUCGCAACAUGCGGCCCCAACGGCGUCGGCCCCGCGGUAUUAAUAUACGACGGCCUACAAGCCCCUAUACACGCUCGAUCAACCCUCGCGGACGAAAAAUCCAGGUCAAAGAACCGUGCCCGGUGCCAAUUCGUACACGUAAUCGAGAUUUGGUGCGGAACACCUACGAUGGGGAGGAAUCCCGUUUCACGGAGCGUUUUCUUGCGCAGGGAAGACAUGGCGUGGACCUGUGAAGGAAUGCGUUGCUCGUUCAGGGCGUUGCGGAGGUGUAGAGCUGUGUUACUGGUAGGACUUUGUUGAAGGGAUUGUGCUGUGAAUGUUGUGCAGGAUGGGAUUGUGGCGUUGCCGGUAUACGCGCCUGCUUGUGAGAUAUUCAAGACAGCGCGGGUGUCGAAGACGUUUGAUAUUUGGACCGGGGUCUGGGGGGACGGGUUUAGAGCGUUGAUGAGUGUUUUGGAAAGCCAUGCCAGGAGGAUAUCUCCCUCGCUGACGAAGAUAUCUUCGGACAAAGAACGUGAUGAUUGUGAUGACUGUGCUCUAAGCUCUUGUAGAGCCCUUUCUCGCAUCCUUUGCACGUGAGUACCCGGGAUCGUG